UUAAGAUGGAAUAUAAAAUGAUGGCCGAUAUAUUCCCGGAUAAUUUUCAUAUUCUUCUUGAGCCCUGUGUGGGACCUGUUCUUAAACUUUUAAGGCUUGAUUCAGAGAUUGACCGUCCCAUCAACAUAGUGGAUUUCGGGACGUGCCAAGGACGAACUUCUUUCCCAUUUUUGAAAAUUCUGACAGAACAAAUUCGAAUCAAGUCACAAUGUCGAGAAAUUGCUGUUUACCUCAAUGAUCAGAAGACUAACGAUUUCAACGCUUUGGUCAGGACUAUUACAGAAUUUCAAGAAGAAGUGACUGAUCCCUUCCUCCGAAUAAUCAUCAAUCCUUGCAAUGCUUAUGAGCGUUGUCUUCCGGCAUCCAGUAUUGACAUCGGUGUUUGCUCACUCAUGGUGCACUGGCUAUCCACGCCUAUGCGUGUUGAAAAGCAGUUAGUUUACCUACCUAGCAACACCGAUAAAGAGGAAAAAAUUGAAGAAAAAGCUGCUCAGGAUUGGGAGAAUUUUCUUUCCUUGAGAUCCAGAGAGAUGAAAAAAGGUGCUGUGUUUCUUGUUGUUGUGCUCUACUAUUCUAGAGACUUAUAUGAAAUUCUGUGUGAUGAAUUCUAUCAACUUUAUGAAAGAAAUAUCAUAACAAAGGAAGAGUUGUCAAACACCACAAUACCAAUCUACCCCUACAGAACAGAGACUGAACUCAGGGCACCAUUUGACGACAUUGGCCAGCAGAUUGGUAUUCAACUUCUAGAACUGCGGAAAAGACCUGUCAAGUUUUACAAAGACGAGGACGUUGAUUGUCUUAGGAGUUGGAUGAAUAGCAGCAUAAUGGCCGGACUCUGUAGAACCAGAAAUGAUGAGGAGGCUAAUGAAAUCAGUAACAUUUAUUUUCAAAACUUAAAGGAUCGAUUAUCCGACUGGAAAUGGAUGGAUUACUUCGUGUUCGACGUUAUUUUCCAGAAAAUCUAGCGAACUUUUUUUCGAAAAUCGCUCGGAUCUCUUACUUAUUGUUUUCACUAUUGUAAACAGAUAUAACCUAUCAUUGGGUGGAAUUCUGGAUGAUGUGUUUCAUACCAAUUGUUAGGCCUUUGUUUUAAUAUUGAAAAUGACUACGGAAUGUUCCCCUCUUCACGUCAGUAGACAGAAUUUUUUUUAGACUUGCACAAAAGAUUGAUAAAGAAACAUGUAUAUUGAGGA